GUGCUGGUCGAAGCGAGUCGAAGAGUAAAAAAUCUCCAAAAUUUUUAUAAUCUAACGGCGAUUGAAGCUUUGUCAGGACAGUUUUCUUUAGGAUCGUGCUACAUGCUCAUAGUUGGACAAUUACCUUCGCUGACUGUAGAGAAAACUGACUCGAAACUUUCAUUGCUGAAAGUGGACCAAGGUUAUUCACUGUACGGUGCCCGGCCGCCAGGGGUCGCUAGUAGCGAUGUAAACAACGUGGUUGGAAAACGAUUCUAGAAAACUUUUUCCUCGGUUAAAAAGCAGCGAUGAGCGUCGAAGUAAAGACGCCAACAAGGACACAAUAUGAGCACAGGGAGUUUCCCUGCGGAGAAGGAUCGCCUGCGUCGAAACCGAAGCCGUCGCCGACGAUCUCGAGUGAAGAAAAGGUGUCGGAGCACCCGUCGUUGAGCAACAACAGUACUCACGGAUCAGUGGCUUCCUCGGCAGCGCAGCAAAGACCUUAUAACAGGCAGCACUCGCAGGGCGCUAGGAAACGUCUGGGGAGUCAAAAGGAGUGGCAGAGCCGUCACACUUCGAAAAAAAGUCGUCUGGGUGGUAAGCAGCAUGCACCUGGUCAGUUUCCACUGCCGACCAAAUUCCUGUUGGGAGGGAACAUCAGGGACCCUUUGAAUCUGAACAGCCUCUGUGACGAUGAGGAAGUCAACAAAGCGCUGAAUCAAGACACUCCAGUCUCGUCACCAAUCCCCACGCCAGCACAUCGCAAGGAACAAGUUGAAGUUAUCAUUCCACCGAAUAUUACUGACCCACUGAACUUGAACGAGCAAAAUGACGGGGAGAUGAAAUCAAAUAGUGCAAAGAAGAAAAAGAGAAAUCAUCAUGUUAAAAAUAAAAAGAACAAGACAGAUGAAGGAAGGAAGAAAGAAGAGGAAAAAAGCAGCAGUAGCAGUGUUGCUACCACACCUUUAACAAUAGAUACCAGUGAAGAAAUGGUGACUGCGAUGCGCAAGGUUAACGAUGAAAUUGUUUCUCCGGUGAUUCCACAACAUAGCCGGCAACACAGUCGAAAACCAUCAGCCAGUACGACAGUUACACGGAGUAUUCUAACCUCAGAAACAACGCCCAGUGAAAAACUGCAGACUGAUCCACUCUCCAGCAGUGGAGGAAGUGGGAAGUUACACAAAAGCAAACCCAAGAAACAAGAUGGCAAGCAGGGGACACAUUUUCACAAGAAAAACCCCAAAUUUAUUCAUGGGAAUUACAACAGGUACUAUGGGUAUAGAAACCCGAACAUGGAAGAAGAUUUCCGGCUGAAAGUUUUUAUAAAAGAGUGGUUUGAGGGGAAAGAUGUCCUAGAUAUUGGCUGCAACGUAGGACUGGUGACGUUGCAAAUUGCCAAAGAAUUUGAACCAAGGAGGAUUGUGGGAUUGGACAUUGAUUCAAAACUGAUUGCGGCAGCGAGGAGAAAUAUUAAGAAUUUUAUUCUGGAGGAGGAGCUGGAUGCUAGCAGGUGA